UACAAUUGAGUUGUUUUCCUAGGUUAUAACAACAAAUAUGGAAGAAGUUUUAGAUGAAGAUUUCAUGGAUACCAUCAGUGAUAUUUCUACAGAUUCAUUCCAGGAAAGUCCUAAUACCAAAACUGGACUAAUCCAAUUUUCAAAGUAUCCAAAGACUGUUCGGGAUUAUGCAGCUAAAGUUAGACAAAUUGAAAGAAAAAUAAUGUUGGGGUAUUUAACAGAUACCGAAGAGGCUAAGCUUCGCAAAAGCAAGUAUUUUUCGUUGCGGUUCGAAAAAUUACUGAACUUAUCUAGGGCUACCAAAAAGAGUAAUUUGUAUAAGUCUGUCACUGAAAUAUAUUUAAAUUCAAUGAUGAUGGCAGACCUGCAAAAAAAAGCUGACGGUAGCCCAAACAACUUGCGACGAAAACUGCACACAAAAAUCAACCAUUUGAAGAGCCGUGAAAAAGCUGUCCAAGAAAAAAUUCUUUCUGAUAUUAUUACUCAGAAUGAUAUAAACAGCUUCUUGAGAGAUAUGUAUUUUGUUGUUAAAUUUGGGGAUAAUUUAGCUCUUGAUCACAAUAAUGUAUAUAAGCCAGAGCAUGUAGGUAUAGGGGAACAAGGACAUGAAACGGUGGUAUGUGAUUACUGCCAGUCUAGCGUAGAGAAAAAUCGCUUUGGUCAACGAGAAGAACUACUUAUUUGCAAAGACUGCGGUAACAAAGCACAUCCUUCAUGUCUCAACUACUUGCCCGAACUCGUUGAGCAAAUUCGAGCUGACGAUUCAUGGCAGUGUAUCGAUUGCAAAGCUUGUGUGAUUUGCAAUGGUACUGGUGAUCCAGAUACUCUUUUGUUUUGUGAUGCUUGUGAUAAGGGAUAUCAUAUGCAAUGCCAUGCACCAAAGCUGGAAAAGAUGCCUUCAGGUAAAUGGGCGUGUGCAAGUUGUGUUGAGAAGGGAAAGUCUGUUUCAACACCAAGUGGGACACAACAGCAACCGGUUUUUAUAGUUGGUUCAGAAGUUAACUCCCAUGCGAAGAAAAGUGUCACAGGGAAUGGAGAGAAGUUGCUAUCUACUGUACCAGUGCAGAAAAUUGAACCCCAAAUUGCAAAGACCAAGGCAGCUAUGGUGCCACAGCCUGUUUUAUCAGUGCAUCAACCUGGCGCGGUGUAUCAUCCGACAGGUGUAACCUUCACACAGCCACCCAUUGUAUCACCUGUUGCUAUUCCACCUGUACAACAGAUACCCCUAAAUCAGCCUCAAAUGAUUCCAGUCAAUUACGCUGUUCUUCCAAAUACUUCCACACCUCCAGCACAAACAGUUCUUGGUCGAGGUGUUCAUAAUAAUCUCACCCAUAUCUUAAAUCCAAAACUACCGUUGCCAGACGUACGGUCGUCGAUACGUGAAGAUGUAUUACGAGCCUUACCUCCAGACGUUGCUGAUUGGACAGUUCAAGAUGUGGCUUAUUACUUUAAAUCUCAUGGUUAUAUCUUGGAAAGCAAAUUGCUUGAAGAGCAGGAGAUCGAUGGACGAGCGAUGUUGUUAAUGUCAAGAAACGACUGCUUGACCGGUCUACACAUUAAACUUGGUCCAGCGUUAAAAAUCUACCACAUGCACAUUCACAAGCUGCAAAAGAGAACAGAAUUCCUUGGAUAGAAAUCAAGUAAACAACGGAAUAAAAUAAACAAUGAUAUAAAUAAACAAUGGGAUAAAAUAAAUGAAAGGUAUCGAAUCCCGAAAUAAAAUUUUCGUAUCUUGUCGUGUGUGGUUGGACUGGUAGGCAAAUGUCUUGCGUUUGAGAUACCAUGUUUGUUAUCUCUAUGGGUGUACAUAGCAACGUAUUUGAUGUGGCUACGAGUAAAUAUAAAUAAAGCAAAUAUGACCUUUGGUCUAGACUAGGAUUAAUAAUUUCUUUAUCGGAUUUUGUGUCGUGCUUAGGAUGUUCAAUGAAUACAAAACAAAUAUGUUGCAGUUAAAUAUUUCAAAUAUGUCAUGUUGUUUGCUCGUUCAUUUUAUGUCGUAUUUUGUCUCGAUAGAAUUUAUUUUUUUAUCUGAACAAACGAGUUGUUUAAUCAUCGUAUGCAGUAUAUAUCUUUUUUACAAGAAACACCACUUUGAGAGUCACGAGGCUGAGAUUAUUUGUACUUUUAACUGCUAAACACAGAAAAUUUGAGGAAAUUAAGAAAGUAAAUCGAUAGAUUUAGAAGGUUUCUCUUAUGCGUUUAACACAGAAUGUGUAUUGUGGGUAAUUUUGACUGUGCGUUUGACUUUUUUUGUUUUUUAUAAGUGUUAAAUAUUUCCACUAUUUUCUUGAUAAUUGUAACACUUAUUUUGAUUCUUUUUCUUCCGCCGUUUCAUUUGGCCAAAUUUCGAUGAUACUAGAAAGCAUAGACAUAAGAAAUACUCUUCUUAAUGCAUCUAUGUUCAUAGACAGAAAUUUAUUGUCGUGGAAUUAUUCUGGAUAUGGUGCCGUUUUGAGACAGAAAACCAAAAAAAUAUAUUAUCUUGGACAA